AUGGGAAAAACAGAAUCGAAAGUGGGAGAAGGAAUCUGGUCCAGAGUUCUCGUCGCCGUGCUCGGUGGAGAACGAACCGUAGAAUCGUCUCGCCGUUGCUCCAACGAAUCAGUAAGAGCAUCGAUGGAGGCCUUCGUCGAAGCCGCAAGAGCAGCAAUGGCGCUCUUCAGAUCCCGGUGUUAUGAGUCCAUCUGCUGUUUGAUAGCCGCCAUUUGA